UACACACGUACACACACUAAGAGGAUAAAGGGUUGAUUACUCACAUAGUGAGGCUGUCUUGGGAGAGCAGGGUAGUGCUCUCAGAUAAUCCAAAGUAGCCUCAGCGAGCAGGAACAGGAGACGGACUGGUUGGGCUGUUCUUGUGAGUGGGGAGUGGAGCUGGGAUGAGGGUGGCCCCACCUUGCUUGGGGCUUGCGUGGUUAGAACUUCCUGCCAACUCCAAGGGGAUCGAUAGCAUCGGGCUUUUCUGUAAGCCUCCUUAGAUGUCGGGUGGAAGGAGGUGACGGGGAGGGAAUGGUGCUGGAAAGCUGGCAGCAGUCAGUCAUCGAAAACGGAGUCAGACUUUAUCACAGUGGGUGGUCAGGUGGGUGACUUUGUGAGGACAGGGCUAAAGUUGGUGGCAACGGUUUAUUUUUGUUAAAGAAUACAUCAUUUGAACAAGCAAACAUGAUCGUGUUUGGUCCACAGAGAUGGCAGGAGCCAUGCGAUGGGCUUGUACAGCUGAGGUCUGGCAGCCGUUGACGUCAAACAUGCAGGCACUGGCCUCAGCGGAUUUCUCUGCAGCGUCGUAGAGACGGGAUAAGGCCCUUCAGAGCCUGCGACACGAGCCUGAAAAUGACAGCUCAGAGUAUUCCUGAGGAAGCACUGCCGUGUGACGUGGAAAUGGAAGGAUUCACAAGAAAGGACCCCCGUUUCACCAUCCCAGGUGACAGGUGGGACUCUAAGAACUGGGAGGGACACCUGAGACAAUUAGCUUCAACUAGGGAAAAGCCUGGGGCUCAGGAAGCAAUUGGUGAGUAUCCUGGACUUGGGAGGCCUUUGAGUGCCAGCCCUGACCUUCCAACAUCUCGGAGGAUUCCUGCAACAAAUGGUUUCCGUGUACAUGACUCAGAGGGUAUACGUGUGGAUUGUGACCCAGCUUUACAUGGUUCUCAAAGAAGUUGUGUAGCUACAAGAACUGGUGACAGUGUUGCCUGUGAGAAAGCCUUCUGCCAUUCCAUGGAAGUGAUUCAACAACUGGGAAGAAAUCCAAUGAGAGAGAACCUCUAUAAAUACCCUGAAAGUGUUGAGUCUUUCAGCCAUUUUACCCCUCUUGGUGAACAAAAGAUAACAAAAAGAGGGAAGAAGCUAUAUGAAGGCAAGGACUUUGGGGACAUCUUUACCUUGACUUCAUCUCUUAAUGAAAGCAGGAGAAGUCACCCUGGGGAGAAGCUGUAUAAAUGUAUGGAAUGUGGCAAGUGCUUCAAACGGAACUCUUCUCUCAUUUUGCAUCACCGUACUCACACUGGAGAGAAACCUUAUACAUGCAACGAGUGUGGAAAAUCCUUCUCCAAGAACUAUAAUUUGAUUGUGCAUCAAAGAAUCCACACAGGAGAGAAGCCCUACAAAUGCAGUAAGUGUGGGAAAGCCUUCAGCGAUGGGUCAGCUCUGACACAACACCAGAGAAUUCACACCGGGGAGAAACCUUACCAAUGCCUAGAAUGUGGAAAAACCUUCAACCGAAACUCAUCCCUGAUUUUGCAUCAAAGAACUCAUACGGGGGAAAAGCCAUACCGAUGUAACGAGUGCGGGAAGCCUUUCACAGACAUCUCCCACCUCACCGUGCAUCUCAGGAUCCACACUGGGGAGAAGCCCUAUGAAUGUAGCAAGUGUGGCAAGGCUUUCCGGGAUGGCUCGUACCUCACUCAGCACGAGAGGACUCACACCGGAGAGAAGCCCUUUGAAUGUGUAGAGUGUGGAAAGUCCUUCAACCGUAACUCUCACCUCAUCGUGCAUCAGAAAAUCCAUUCUGGGGAGAAGCCCUACGAGUGUAAAGAGUGUGGGAAGACGUUCAUCGAGAGUGCUUACCUCAUCAGGCACCAGAGAAUUCACACUGGUGAGAAGCCCUAUGGCUGUGACCAGUGUCAGAAGCUUUUCAGGAACAUUGCUGGCCUCAUCCGGCACCAGAGGACUCAUACUGGGGAGAAGCCCUACGAGUGUAGUCGGUGUGGCAAAGCCUUCAGGGACAGCUCCUGCCUGACCAAGCACCAGAGAAUUCACACCAAGGAGACCCCGUACCAAUGUCCAGAGUGUGGGAAGUCCUUCAAACAGAACUCUCACCUUGCAGUACAUCAGAGACUCCACAGCAGAGAGGGUCCCAGCCAGUGUCCCCAGUGUGGGAAAAUGUUCAGAAGGAGCUCAGCCCUGGUCCAACAUCAGAGGACACACCCUGGAGAGCAGCCCAUGGAAGCAUAAUGGAUGUGGGCACACUCAUUUCCUGAGUGCCCUCGAAAACCUGUGUGAGCGAGGGGUGUCUUCAAGGGUGACUCCUCCCAGUCAGUGCAAAAUAAUUUUUUUUUAAUUUGAGUGAUGAAGUCUUUGUGUGUGUGUGUGUGUGUGUGUGUUUUUAAUUUAUUGAUUUUUUUUGAGAGAGAGACACUGAUUUGUUGUUCCCCUU